CGUGAAUUUGACGAUCUGCCAUGGCUGACUCUGCAUACGACCAUUCUCCGGAAGCCUCUCAUCUCAGCACUCGAUUCCUCAUUGACCCGGAGCAAGACGAUGACCACCUCUCUGAGCCUCACUUUGAGUCUGACGGCGAUACAGCCUCGGCCAAGUCCAUCGCACUAUCGUCUCCUCCUCGGUCCCCUCGCGACUCGACAGCCCUCGGUGUGGCUGAGCACGAAGAACCCGCGGUGACUCCCGUAACCUUCGUUCGCCAAAGCCUGUCGCUCGCAGGUCUGUCAAAACGAGACACCGUCGGAACCGACGCAAGUUCGGAGAUCGACCUAGAGGGAGACGGUGAUGAUAGAAGUUUCUUUGCGCGGAAAUACGAGGAGGGAGAGUCGCCACUUUCGAGUGUUGCGCCUUCUGUGUACGACGCGGAGAAGGUCAUUUCAAGUCCACCUCCGCUACCACCUUCCCUCCCGCCUUCAGCCGCACUGUCGUCCAGACCACCUUCUGCGGGCAUUCGGAUGAAGAGUGACACGGAAAGCAUCCUGUCGAAUGCCUCUGCGUCCACUUCGUAUUCAAAGAAGGCUCGACCAGAAUCUUUGCUGGUGCAAGCACCACAAGGUGCUCUCGUGUUGGGAAUAGCCCUCGUGGACUUUAACCACCUGGUUGGGCCCAAGAUCGAGUUCUCGCGCGGAGAUAUAUUCGAGGAUGAAGAGCUUGCUAAGAUCUUGCCCUUCCUCGCGCUUCCCGACGGUGCACAUCUUACGACAGAAGAUUACUCUUACUUCCACCUUGUCCCAACUUCUCCGAACCCGAGCACUAUCUUUGGCAUAUCAUGCAAUCGACAAAUCAGUACCGCUGAGCUUCUGUACAAGGAUGCCGACGUCACACGGUCGACUGUCCAGAAGGCUGUGGUGGUCCUAGCGUCAAAGCCGGUGUUCGGGCCUAUACGUGACCGCCUCGGGGUCAUUACUCGUGCCCUGUUUGCACAGCGGAACUUCAGCGAUAUGAGCAUACUGGACGACUUCUAUUCGUCUUUAGAGCAUUCGCUUCGGGGGCAGUUGACCGAGAGCGGUCUGUAUAUGGGCACUAGUUUACGCGAGCUCGUGCACAACUUCCGUCAGCGUACCUUGGUUUUGGUUAAAGCACUCAUGUUACAGAAGAAGAUAAUGUUCUUCGGUCACCCCGUAGAGCGCCUGUGCACAUAUCAAUACUCGCUAGUGACACUCAUUCCUGGUCUUCUCCAGAAUUUGGACGACUGCGGUUCGCCGCCAUUAGCGAGUAGGGCGCAGAGCCUUACACGGCCAACAUCUUUGAAGACUUCCGAUCCGAAGAGCAUGAUGGCAUACAUGGGUCUCCCGCUCGACUUGUUCGGCAAGGACUCUUUCUUCCAGCCCUAUCUGCCCCUGCAGCAGCUCGACAUGCUGAAGGAUACCGGAUGCUGGUUGUGCGGGAGUACGAACUCCAUUGUCACCCAGCAGAAGGAGAUUGAACUGCUCGUCAAUAUCGAGACAGGGGCAAUCGAGUUCCGCGACCCGAAACUCGAACGGCUUGUCGGGCUCACACCUGCUGACAGGAAAUGGAUGGACGACAUCGUGAAGGACGUCAACGACGGAUGGAACGAGGACUCGGAUAUGUCUGUCGGCAUGCACUUCAAGGGAAGCGACGACUACCUCCGCCAGAAGUUCGAAGAAUACAUCAACGCCGCGCUAUCAUCCGUAAAGUACUCAGCGUUCCUAGCGAAGGGGCAGAACAACGGCAUCAUGAUCCAGGACGGCUCUGGAGACCCCAACUCAAUACAGGACUUCAACCCCCUCUGGAUCCAAGAGUUCAAGAAGUCGCAUGCUUACGAGGUGUGGGAACGAGUCACAGACCCACUUCUCUUCGAUCUCAUCGAGGCACGGCAUCCUUGUAGCGAGAAGCCCUCAGUUGUCUCGGACAUCGGCUUGCGUCUCUCCGAGGGUAUCCAAGAGCUCAAGCUUGAGCAGCAGCUCGCUCCCACCCGCGAGGCGAUCUCGCGCACCCUGAACGCCGGGUCUACGAACUUCUUCAAUGCCGUCGCCGGCGUCCGCGAGCGCUGGAUGCAACGCACCCCUAGCUCGACAUCUAGCAACGGAAGUGAUCCAGCCUCGGACAUCACGAAAGUGAAUUCCCGCUCGAGCGAAGGCACGCAGUCUCGCAAGAACUCUGGCGAGCACGCCCGGAAAGCAACCAUGGACGUGCCGACUACGCCGACAUCGACACGCGGGCUCCGCCCGCUGAGCAUCGUUGGCGCCCAGGCGCUCUCGCCCCCCGAGCCACCACGGACAAACUCUGGAUCGUGGGGCUCCGGCAUCAGCUCGUUCUUCUCCCAGCGCACGUCACGUCUCUCGACCUCCUCGGUCCCGGUGCGACCACCGAGUCUCUCGCGCGGCCCGUCUCCAGCGCCUCCUCCACCAGUCCCGCCGAUGCCUGUGGACAAGGACGUUCCUCCCGUCCCGCAUGCACAGAAGGACAUGCCGCCCCUUCCCCCAAGGGAGAUCCAUGAGGAACCGACAUCGAUAAUCCACGAGGAGCCGCAUGACAUCGCGAAACACGUCGCAGACGAUGCUAUCUCUGUGAAGACGAAAGCUUCAGACGACGCGUCGGCUUUCGGUAUGGCGAUGUGAGCGGCUGGUGAUGAGGCGAGGCUGGUUCCUGGUCCCGGGUUUGGUGAUGGGUGGGCGUUCUCCGAUAGCAUACGAGUCCUUGCAUGGGCGAUACCCAUCAUGUUAGUCGGUCUGCAGCGCACGUGGCCGCGUGCGCGCCGUUUCGUUAAAUUAUUCAGCACGUAUCUCGCUCGUUACAAUGCAUGCACGUUUCUC